AGGGCUCUUCCGGCUGCCGGCUUAAGGACUGGCUUUGAAGAGGAGCUGGCACCCGUGGUUUUGCGUGCUGUGCUGUGAUUGUUGCUGCAGGGAGCUGAGCAGAGAGCUUGGGCGAGCUGGGAAGGCAAGAUAUGAACGCUGUGACCUAUGAUGAUGUGCAUGUCAACUUCACUUGGGAAGAGUGGACUUUGCUGGAUCCUUCCCAGAAGAAUCUCUACAAAGAUGUGAUGCUGGAGACCUACAGGAACCUCACUGCUGUAGGAUACAGCUGGGAAGACCAUAAUGUUAAAGAACAUUGUCAAAGUUACAGAAGACAUUCAAGGCUUGAAAGAAGUCAAAAUGGAGAGAAACCUUCUGUAUACACUCAAUGUGUUAAAGCCUUUGCAUAUGAUAGUCAUCUUCAGUGGAAUGAAAGAACACGUAGUAGAGAGAAACACUAUGAAUGUAAUCAGUGUGGUAAAGCUUUUCCAAGUCACAGUUAUUUCCGAAUACAUAUAAGAACACAUACUGGAGAGAAACCCUAUGAAUGUAAUCAAUGUGGUAAAGCCUUUGCACGUCACAGUAAUCUUCUAAUGCAUAAAAAAACACAUUCCAGAGAAAAACCCUAUGAAUGUGAUCAGUGUGGUAAAGCAUUUGCACGGUACAGUCAUCUUCUAAUGCAUGAAAGAAUACAUACUGGAGAGAAACCUUAUGAAUGUAGUCAAUGUGGUAAAGCCUUUGCAUGUCACAGUUCUCUUCAACGGCAUGAAAGAACACAUACUGGACAGAAACCCUAUGAAUGUCAUCAAUGUGGUAAAGCCUUUUCACAACUCAGUAAUCUGCAAAUGCAUGAAAGAACACAUACUGGAGAGAAACCCUAUGAAUGUAAUCAGUGUGGUAAAGCCUUUGCACAUCUUGGUCAUCUUCAACGGCAUGAAAGAAUACAUACUGGAGAGAAACCCUAUGAAUGUAAUCAGUGUGGUAAAGCUUUUGCACAUCUCAAUACUCUUCAAAUGCAUAAAAGAGCACAUAGUGGAGAGAAACCCUAUGAAUGUGAUCAAUGCAGUAAAGCCUUUGCACAGCACAGUCAACUUCUAAUGCAUAAAAGAACACAUACUGGAGAGAAACCUUAUGAAUGUAAUCAGUGUGAUAAAGCCUAUGCACAUCUUAGUACUCUUCAAAUGCAUACAAGAACACAUACUGGAGAGAAACCCUAUGAAUGUAAUCAGUGUGGUAAAGCUUUUGCAAGUCACAGUUAUUUCCGAAUACAUAUAAGAACACAUACUGGAGAGAAACCCUAUGAAUGUAAUCAGUGUAGUAAAGCCUUUGCAUGUCACAAAAGUCUUCAACGGCAUGAAAGAACACAUACUGGAGAGAAACCCUAUGAAUGUAAUCAAUGUGGUAAAGCCUUUGCACAUCUCAGUACUCUGCAAAUGCAUAAAAGAGCACAUAGUGGAGAGAAACCUUAUGAAUGUAAGCAAUGUGGUAAAGCCUUUGCACGUUUCAGCCAUCUUCAAAUGCAUGACAGAACACAUACUGGAGAGAAACCUUAUGAAUGUAAUGAAUGUGGGAAAGCCUUUGCACAAAAUAGUCAUCUUCAAAUGCAUAAGAGAACCCAUACUGGAGAGAAACCGUAUAAAUGUAAUCAGUGUGGUAAAGCCUUUGCAUAUAUCAAUAGUCUUCAAAGUCAUAGAAAAAAGUCAUACUGUAGAGAAACCUUAUAAAUGUUGUCAAUGUGGUAAGGUUAUGCACUUUAUAUAGCAGUAAAAUUUUUGUGUGCAAUGAAUCUUUUAAAGCCUUUGCAUAUUGCAGUAGUCUUUGAGUCAGUAGUACUCCAAAAACUAAUACUAAAACUCUUGUUACUAUAAGUAUUUGGUAAGAUCUUUAGCCAACACACUUACAUUAAGUUGCAUAAGAGUAUGCUGAAGAAGAAAUUUUGACAGUGUUUUAACAACCUAUUGAAGCCUUAUGAUGUCUGUCUCUAUUUUGUUUGCACCUGCAAACUCAUGAAAACAAGCCCUAUGAAUAUAAAUGAUAAGAUAACUGGUGAUAUUUUGUUUAUGACUCAAUAAGUAAAGCUUGCCUGAAGAUCAAAGAGCAAAGCUAGCUAGUCACACUGGUUAGCCAUAGAUGCCAGGUAGUGGUGGUACACAUCAUUAAUCCCAGCACUUGGUAGACAGAGGCAGAUGGAUCUCUGUUAUUUCAAGACCACCCUGAGCUACAUGAGAUUGAUCCAGUCUAAAAGAGAAACAGCUCAUACAAAGGUGAUCCCAGCUCUUGGGAUCCCAAGUCUUUAAUCCCAGCACUAGGGAGGUGGAGUGAGAGGAAUAAAAGUGGGGAGGAGACAGGAGCUCAGUAGAGUCUGAUAUUAGUGCAGUGUGGAGAUGCAAUUUGAGGACAGGAUCUUCCUUUUGGUCUGAGCAUUGGUAGAUAUGAGAACUCUCUAGUUUCUGGCUGCUGUGCUUUUCUGAUCUUCAUCUUUUACCCAGUAUCUGUCUCUGGGUUUUUGUUAUUUAUACCAACUAGAAUUCGUGCUAUGUUUGGGACCCUACUUUUAGGGUACAAAAUCAUGAGAAAGCCAUUUGCCAGUAGCUUUGCAGUCACCAGCAUAGGCCAGAGCUGCAUGCAGGUGGAGUCACUGCUCUACCAGCUAGGCUUUCCUUUUUGUUGGUCUUUGCUGCUGUCAAACUAGGUAGCUGCAUUGAAAUCUGGUUAGGCUUUUGCUUUUAUAUGAAACAGCAGUAACCCUCAAAUUUUCAUCAUUAUUUUUGGCAGAUUUGGUAAGAAAAUUGGGAAUUCUUAAAGUUAAAAGAGUGACUGUUUCCCACAUUAAAAUAAAGUGGGAAACUAUUGUAAUGCAGAAAGUUAGGUCUCUACGAUUAUACAUUGGAUGCUUUAAAAUUGGAAUAAUUGAAUGAAGCGAUAAUCCACUUAACCAGGAUUGAAAUGCUGUCAAUUACCAUUUUGAUAAUCUUGUUGUCUGUUUGAUAAUUCUUGGUUUAUCUCUAAAAUAUUGGUUGAUAUGAGGGCCUUAUACAGGCUUUAGAAAAACUUAUUAAAACAUAUAAUAGAGGUAUUCAAACCCAGUCAGAAGAAUUUAGAGGAGAACCAAUUUCAGCGUUCCAUUAUAAAGUUAGAGAAGAACAACCUAAGGUUUUCAAACAACGAACAUAGGUAUAUCCAGUAACCUCAAAGUAAUUGCCAAAUGAUACAGGCAUUGUAAGACCUAAUUGAACUCCUGUGGCAAUGUUAGAUUUGAGGAGAUUCAAGGAGGCAGUAGUCCUAUAUGGCAUGCAUUCACCAUUUGUGAAACAGUUGUUAAAUCGUGGUCAUCUUGUAACAGAAUUAUCCCUAAAGACUGGACAGACUGGGUUAAAACUGUUUUAGAGCUUUCUCCACAAUUACAAUGGAGUACCUGGUCAGAGAGGAGGCUAAGACCAUUUAACAAUACAGUAGAGCUAGAGGUAUAGAAAUCUCCCAACAUUAACUUCUUGGAGGAGGAGAGUAUACAACUAUAGAAAGUUAAGUUUAUAUGAUCACCAUGCCUUGUUUUAUGCCAUCAUGCAGCAGCUUUGAGUGCUUGGGACAGAAGAUUUAAUCAUUUGUUAAAGGUAUACAGGGCCCAAAAGAAGCCUUUGUGGAUUUCUGUUUAAGACUGACAUCAACAGUAAAUAGAAUGAUAACCAAAUACGGAAGCUAGAGAAAUAAUAAUUGAAUUUCUGGCUUUUGAAAAUGCUAAUUCUCAAUGUAAAAUGACAAUUAGGCCUUUAAAGGCAGGGUCAGCAUCCUUGAAGGAAUGGAUCCAAGAUAAAAUGAAUAUUGAAUGUCAUGACCAUGAUGAUGCAUGGAUAGCAGAGGUGAUUUCUAGGACUUGGAAAAAAAAAUCAAAAUGUCAAGUUUUUCAAUUGUAGCAAGCAAGGUUAUCUUAAAAGAGAUUAUAAACAGGGCUUUCCUAGAAACAUUUUUUUUGAAUCAUAAUUCAAAUAUAACACACCUCCCUUGUGGAUUAUGUAGAAGUUAUGACAACCAGGCAUUGGACUAAUGAAUGUAGAUCAACAAGGGACAUUCAAGGCUACCCUUUGGUGUUGGGAAACUACUUGUGGGCCUUCUUGCAAGCCCCUAUGUCAAAUUGUAUUCAGUCAUUUCAUGUCAUCCUGGAAGCUCCUUCUCAGAGAAAUUAAAGAACCUAAUGCCUAUUGUAAGAAAACAUACUGCUCUGAACGAUAGAACAGUUUUAGAAUAUGAAACAAAAAUUCUGUAGAAACCAAAAAUUAGAUAAAGAUUAGAUUAGGAACCUCCCUAAAGUUAGAGUUGGGGCAGGGUUUUUUUGUUUUUUGUUUUUUGUCUUUCCAGGAAAAUAAAAGCAAACAUUUUGAGUAAUUUAAAGACCUUUGGACAAAUAAGCAUCCAAAGAAAAAGGGAGAAGUAGCUGGAAAAAUUACCAAGAAAAGGAAUAAUCUGAACUAGUGUGAUCUUUGAAGUCUCUAAAGUGAUGUUGGAACCCCAUAACAACAUUUUCACCAGGAUUAUUAUAACACCACUAUGCUGAAAAAUACCAACUAAAGAUUGGCUUUGGAUUACAAACUGCUCAGAACACUUUUAAGGUGGCUAGCUGAGAUGAUCCAGCCUCACAGAUUACUCUAGCCAGGACUUCACAUAUAAAAGUUUAGGUUUGUAAUUCCUUUAAGAUAUCUUACAAGAUUACCUUUCAAGAUAAAUAGUAAAGUGAUCGAUUCUUUCUUUGUAAUCAUAAUAUUCAGCCUUCCAACAAAAGAGUUAGCUGGGACAAAAUACUUUCUGCUUGUUCAUGUUCUGUUAAUCUGUAACAAGUUGCUUGGAUGUAAAUGUAUAUGAGUUAUUGAGUGACUUUAUUUUUAAUUAUUUAAUGGAGAUAAAAAUCAUUCAUGUGCAAAAUAUUAUGUAAUCACAUUGUAAUUCCUAUAUUUCCUGAAAGAGUUUGUUGGAGUAUAUAAGCUAUAGAAGAAAGUAUACAGCAUAAAGAAUAGAGAAUAAAGAAAACCAUCAAGACAGAA